CCCCGGGGACUUGGCUGCGGCCGCCUGGGAGCCUCCCUCCGCGCGGAGGCACCGGCACCGGCUCGCAUCCGCAGCCUCCCUCCUCUCCCACGAGAGCAUCAUGUCAGCUCAAGAACAGCAACAGGCACAGUCCUCUCUGCCCAGUUCAGCCACUUCCUCUGAGGCUCCAGAGUCAGAUGCUGCAAAUAAGUACGAGACUGUUGUUCCCCACUGGUUCUACUGCAAGGUCAUCGACUCCAGAGAGCGAUGGAUGCCUUUCAGCACACAGGAUUCGGAGAGGCUGGAAGAGGCUCACAUCUCAGGGAGAAACAAGGAAGAUCUGAUUGUCCCAACAUCAGGGGGUAGGUACGACGUGCAUUUGAAGAAGAGGCAGCGUGUUGCAGUGUACUGGGAGGAGGAGGUAUCCGAAGUGCGCCGUUGCACCUGGUUUUACAAGGGAGACAAGGACAAUAAGUAUAUUCCCUACUCAGAGACCUUCAGUGAAGAAUUGGAGGAAGCUUAUAUGAUUGCUGUAACCCUGGAUGAGUGGAAGAAGAAACUGGAAUCCCCUAGCAGGGAAAUUAUUAUCUUGCACAACCCAAAGCUCAUGGUGCACUACCAUCCGGUUGCUACCUCUGAUGACUGGGGUUCAACUCCUAUGGAACAAGGUCGACCUCGAACUGUAAAGAGAGGAGUAGAAAAUAUUGCUACUGAGAUCCCCAAUGGAGAACCUCUGCAAAUUGAUCAUCUGGUUUUCGUAGUUCAUGGGAUCGGCCCAGCGUGUGAUAUUCGGUUCCGGAGCAUUGUCCAGUGUGUGAAUGACUUCAGGAACGUUUCCCUAAACAUGCUGCAAGCCCAUUUCAAGAAAGCCCAGGAGCAACAGCAGAUUGGCCGGGUCGAGUUCUUACCUGUGAACUGGCACAGCUCCCUCCACUCCACCGGGGUGGACGUUGACCUGGAGCGAAUUACUUUGCCGAGCAUCAAUCGUCUGCGCCACUUCAUAAACGACACCAUUCUGGAUGUUUUCUUUUACAAUAGCUCCACCUAUUGCCAGACCAUCGUGGAUACGGUAGCAUCAGAAAUGAACCGGCUGUACCAGCUUUUCCUGCAGAGGAACCCUGGCUUUAAAGGAGGAGUUUCCAUUGCAGGUCACAGCUUAGGGUCCCUCAUUUUGUUUGAUCUCCUGACCAACCAGAAGGCUGCUCCUGAGGAUGAAGAGCACAGCAAAGAGGGGUCCAGGACAACUUCAAGCACCAGAGGUGUUGAGCAAGUCAAAGAAAUUCUGAAGAUGUUAGAGCUGUCUGAAUACUGUGAUGUUUUUGAGAGGGAGAAAAUGGACAGGCAAGCACUGUUCUUGUGUACGGAAAAAGAUCUUAAAGAAAUGGGAAUCCCCUUGGGACCAAGAAUGAAGAUCCUUCAUUACAUCAGCUCGAAAAGGGAGAUGCAGGGUGUCAGUGACCAGAAAGCAACAGCUGCUGGGCAUAGUCGGGAGAGCAGAGUACAGCCUGGAUCCUCCACUGAGUUUGACAACACAAGUGAUGGAAAGAAUUGCCAGUACCGGGAUGUUGGCUUAGGACAGGUCUCAGCAAACUAUCCUCAGCUAAUCUACAAGCCUACCAUCUUCUUUGCUUUUGGGUCUCCUAUCGGGAUGUUUCUCACUGUGCGAGGAGUAAAGCGGAUCAACCCAAACUACAGCUUGCCCACCUGCAAAGGCUUCUUCAACAUCUUCCACCCUUUUGACCCGGUGGCAUACAGGAUCGAGCCCAUGAUUGUCCCAGAUGUGGAGUUUGAGCCAAUGUUGCUUCCUCACCACAAGGGCAGGAAGCGAAUGCACCUAGAGCUGAAAGAAGGGCUGACUCGCAUGAGCGUGGAUCUCAAGAACAAUCUGCUGGGGUCCCUGCGGGUAGCCUGGCAGUCCUUUACUCGAGCCCCGCUGCCAGCUGUGGAGGCUGCAGCUACUGACACUGAAGCAGAAGCAGAGACCAGUGUGGAGAAGCAGGCAGAAACAAAGCCAGAAGAGACGCCCGAACCAGUGAAGGAAGAGGCCUCUCACAUUAAUGUGGGGAUGCUGAAUGGAGGGCAUCGCAUAGACUAUGUAUUGCAGGAGAAGCCAAUAGAGAGUUUUAAUGAAUAUUUAUUUGCACUACAAGGGCAUCUCUGCUAUUGGGAGUCAGAAGACACCGUUUUGUUGGUUCUUAAAGAGAUCUACCAGACACAAGGCAUUACACUGGAUCAGCCUUUGCCUGGAAGCCAGUGACCAGGCUGUGCUCUCCUGGCAAUUUGAUAUCCAAACCAACUCAGUACUCACCAGGAAACUCCAGAUUUCUUCUCUGCCUUCCUUUCUCCUUUGCUGCUGUGUCCUGCAUGCUGCUUCCCAAGUACCUGCUGCUGCCUGGAGGUAUGGGUGAUUUUCUUCCAUUUUUGGUAGAAAAAUCAUAGAAAAACACUUCUUCAAAAAUACACACAGCACUUGCACUGUGACUCCCUGUGGCAGCAUGUACUCUUAAGCCUCCGCCCUACAACUUGUGUGACCACCUUGUAAGUUAUCACACCAGUACAAAUGCAGACUAGAUGUCUAGGUGAGGAACUGACAUACAUACAAGUCAACCUGCAACCUUCGAGAAAUAAAAGCCUUAAACAUGCGGUGUGGAGAAAGCUGUAACAGCCUUGCUGAGUAAAGUGGCCUGCUGAUUUCUCUCAGGAGAAAGACGAGGCAUCAUCUCUCUCCCUCCUAUAACAGCGAGCACUAGAGAGGCUAGAGCAUUGCAGUCUUUGGGAGGUGAAGAACAAGGAGCACAGGCAUCUGCUAAGCAAGCAAGAGUUUGUCUGCCAACCACUCUUAGCUCCCUGUAGCAGCAGCUGAACCAAGCUGCUGCUUGGUUUCUACACCCACAGGGUGUCCCAGGAAAGACUGCUGGAUAAAGACAACUCAUGAGAGAGGCAUGUUUGUGAAUACUUGACCUAGGUUUUACUGUCUGCUGUAAUACAUUGACUUCUCAGCAUCAUCUUCUUUGAGCCUACCAUGGCCAAUAAAUGAAGGGCCUCCCCGAGGCACUGUAUGCAUCUAGCGUAGGAUGGCAGCACAGCUAUUGCCUACGUAUAUCCCAUGCAUGAAGCAGCCAUAUGUCCUCAGGUCCAUGGCCAAGGGUGCAUGAGGGACCUUUUGUAAAAAUAAGUUGGGAGCGUGUCUUCUAUUCUCCAUUCCUUGAGCUUCACUGAAGUCAGGAUUUAGCUGGAGAGGUGUCUAGUUGAGGUUUAUUGAUUAGGGCUCUAGACCCUCAGGUGCUCUAUGCCCCAUGGAACCCUUCAGGGAGGGACUGAGUGCAUCUGCCGCCUCCUUCAUGACUACAUUCGAACCUCAGAAUGACAAAUGUCAAUUCCCACAGAGUUGGGAACCUAACGCUAGGAAAGAUAUACCUCCAGAUCAGAAGUGUAGCUAAAUUAGGGGGAAGCAGCUGCUCUUCAGCAGUGUCCAAGCAAUUCAGAGCCCUGGAAGGACAGUCCUCCUGUGCUUUGCGGGAGCAUGGAGCAAAGCUACUGUUCUGCUGCUGUGAGGCUUCCGAGGUGGCUGCAGGGACCUAGUGCUAGCCAGGCUCUGGCACUACUCCAGUUGUUGUUUUUGUUGUUAAAUAGAUAAAGUGCAGCUUGUGAAGUCAGAGCCCAGGUCACAGGGUUUGGACGCUAUGUCCUAAUGACUCCACUGAGGAAAUUAAGAGAGUUUUUGCACAGAGUUAGGUCUGCAGCUCAUUGAUGUGUGUUAGCUCUACUCUAAGGGUAACUGGGGCCAGAGAGCCUAAGGUGAUCUGUCCUUUGCGAUCAAAAACACCCAGGCUGACUCACUGGCUAGGCUGAAGCCUGAGCCUCUGAGCAAGGGGAAGGCAGAUGUUUCAAUGGCACAUAAGGUCAUUGCUCUGACAGUGUUUGGAAACAGCCAAACCACUUUCCUUCCUACUGACUUUUGCCCUGCAUGGGGUAACAAGCCUUUUUUUCCACAGCUUCAGUUUGUUUGUCCUCCAUUGUAGUAUGUUAUUUGCACUAUUUAAAAGGUAUUGUUUGCAAUCCACAACCCUCCUCCCAUCCAGAAAGAACUGAAGCUGUUCUUUUACCUGACUGCAGAAACAGACAUGCUUCUCAGUUGGAGCCUGAAUUACUGAUUGGUUGCUAAAGCGUCUCCUACAAGAGUAGCAAAAGAAACAGUCUUAACAGAGGAUGCUGUCAUGAUCAGCUUGUUGAGUUAUGCACUUUGUAAAGAAAUACAUUUUAAAUGUUAUUUAAUGUCUUUUCCAGUAAAAGCCAAAAUAAAUAAAUAAAUAGA